AUGCAGCUUUUUGUAAUCGGCGGUAGUGGAAGAACGGGUAAGAUGGUAAUCGAAGAGGCAUUACUUCGAGGUCAUGAUGUGACAGCCUUGGUUCGAGACCCCUCCUCCAUGGAAGCCAGGGAUGGUUUGAAGCUUUUCAAAGGUACCCCUCUCAAUAAGGCUGAUAUCAAAGCUGCAUUCGAAGCAAGUACCAAUAUCCCAUCCGUUGUUAUUGUUACUUUGAGCGCUCCUCGUACAUCCGAUAGCCCUUUCGCUGCAUCUAUUUCUCCACCGAGGCUUAUGGCAGACUCAAAUGCGAAUAUAAUUUCUGUUAUGAAGGAAUUUGAUGUACGCAAGAUUGUUGUGAUGCAGGCUUUCGGGGUAGGAGAUAGCUGGCCGUAUAUGCACUUCUUACUUCGAAUGUUGAUGAAGAAGUCAAACAUGUAUCUGCAAUAUGAUGAUCACAACUUGGUGGAUAAAGAGGUCAAGGCUAGUGAUAUCAACUAUGUUCUCGCUCGACCAGCCAGACUGGAAGAGGGCGAAGCAAAGCCCGUUAAAGUGUAUGGUAAUAAAGGUAUGGGAGUUGCCAUGAUGGCUAGUAUCACACGAGAAAGCGUAGCCAACUGGCUUGUCAAUGCAGCGGAGCAAAAAACGUGGGAUUCGCAGACUCCUGUAUUGGCGAACUAG